AUGCAAGAAAUUAAAAAAGCUGAAAAACAAAUGAUAUUACAACAGCAACUGCAAUCAACAAUUUCAGUAUCGCAAGUCCCAUCAUCUCAAUCAUGUGUAUCGUCUAUGCAGAUAUCUACUGAUCAAACAAUAAAUACGCAAACAACACCUAAUAUCAAUUCAGCUCCAGCAUCACAAUCACAGAAUAAUGCUAAACGUCGUAUAACAUCAGAGUCACAACGAUCUGUUUCAACAAAAAAAAGUCGCAAUUGA